AUGGGUUUGGUUGUAGUCAUAUCUCUUCCUCUAAUUUUCUUCUGUCUUCUACUUGGUUUCGGCUGCUACUUCCUCGGCAAAUAUCGCGGCCGUCGUGAGAUCCAUACAAAUCCCCAAGUUUACGGAACUCCUACUCCGCCUCCCGGAGCAAUCGCCGCCUCUUCUUCGCCGUUGUCUCCUCCUCACGUCAAGCUUGACAACUCUCACAAUGUCUGA